AUGGAGCUGACUGAACUGCUCCUCGUGGUCAUGCUUCUCCUAACUGCACGACUGACCCGGUCUAGCCCGGCUCCUCCUGCCUGUGACCCCCGACUGCUAAAUAAACUGCUACGUGACGCUCAUGUCCUUCACGGCCGACUGAGCCAGUGCCCAGACACUCACCCUUUGUCCACACCUGUCCUGCUGCCUGCUGUGGACUUCAGCUUGGGAGAAUGGAGAACCCAGACGGAGCAGACCAAGGCACAGGACGUUCUGGGGGCGACGACCCUCCUGCUGGAGGGAGUCAUGGCAGCACGGGGACAACUGGGACCCACCUGCCUCUCAUUCUUACUGGGGCAGCUUUCUGGACAAGUUCGCCUCCUCCUUGGGGCCCUGCAGGGCCUCCUUGGAACCCAGGACCACAGCUCACAAAGAUCCCCAUGCCAUCUUCCUGAGCUUCCAACAACUGCUCCGAGGAAAGGUGCGUUUCCUGCUGUAUGCAGUAGGGCCCACCCUCUGUGCCAAGCGGGCCCUACCCACCACAGCGCUCCCACACAGUACCUCUCUACUCCUCACACUGAACAAGCUUCCAAACAGGACUUCUGGAUUGUUGGAGACGAACUCCAGCGUCCUGGCCAAAACUACUGGCUCUGGACUUCUGAAGAGGCUGCAGGGCGUCAGAGCCAAGAGGCCUGGUCUGCUGAACCAAACCUCCAGGUUCCUAGGCCAAAUCCCUGGACAACUGAACAGGACACACGGACCUUUGAAUGGAACUCAUGGACUCUUUCCUGGACCCUCACCCAGGGCCCUAGGAGCCCUGAAUAUUCCUCCAGGAACUUCGGACAUGGGUUCCCUGCCACCCAACCUCCAGCCUGGAUAUUCUUCCCUAACCCUUCCUCCCACUGGACAACAUACACUCUUCUCUCCUUCACCCUCCGUGCCCACCCCCACGGCCCAGCUCCAACUCCCGCUUCCUGA